UCAUAUCUCCCCACAGGACUGCCAGACCGUCCAGAGUUAUUCCAGGAAUGCAUUGAACAUGGCUGCCACGAUGAAGGAGCAGAAGACGGGACUGCUAGAACUUCGUGUGACCGUGGACCGCUGGAUCCGUGUGUUGGCCACGCUCACCGAGGACACGUUCACGGUGAAUCCCGGCGAAGGCACCGAGGAGCCCACGAAGCCCAGCCCGAGUCCCGCCGGUGCUAUCAACGGAGACCCCCCGAACCUCAGCUCGUCCCCGGUCCCGGAAACCAUCACCAACGUGAAGCGCACCGUGCGAGUGACCAAGCAAGAUGUUGGAGGACUGGGGAUCAGUAUUAAAGGCGGGAGAGAGAACAAGAUGCCAAUCCUCAUCUCCAAGAUUUUCAAGGGCCUGGCUGCUGACCAGACGGAGGCGCUUUAUGUCGGUGACGCCAUUCUGUCUGUUAAUGGUUUCGACUUACGGGAGGCAACACAUGAUGAGGCUGUGCAAGCGCUGAAAAAAACUGGCAAAGAAGUCAUCCUUGAAGUAAAGUACAUCAAGGAGAUGUCAGCUUUCUUUAAGAGCUCCGGGUCUCCUGGAGCCACCCUCCCGUGGGACUCUCCCCCCGCGACACCACAGAGGGGCACUGAGCUCUCCUCCCCUGAGGUGAAGGAGCCUCGCAGCAUCCCACUGAAGGUGUGCCAGGUGACACGAAAACAGUGCCCCCCAGACACAGAAAACAGGUAUUUCGAGGUCAUUUCAUCCAACAGAAAGAACUCUGUAUUUCUGCGGGCAAAAGACCCAGCCAUGGCCCAGUCCUGGUACAAUGGGAUCCAAGCUGGCGCUGCCAACCUUUUACCACGAGUGAAGCAGGAGAUGAAGAACAUGCAGCCCGGCAUGGACGUGAAACAUGUGGGCUGGAUUGCAGAGCAGGUGUCUCAAGGUCCAGAAAGACCAGUACUGGCUGUGUUGACUGACAAAGACCUGCUCCUGUAUCCUUCUUUGCCUGAAACCAGAGAGAGCCUCAGCAACCCCACCAAGAGUCACCCACUCAUCACCACCAGACUGGUCCACUCUGGCCCAGGAAAAAGUUCCCCUCUCCUGGACUCUGAGCUGUCUUUUGGCCUGCGUUCAGGCACGAAGCAGGGCGUGGAGACACAUGUGUUCAGGGUGGAUUCUGCCAAGGAGCUCUCCACCUGGACUCAUCUGCUGGUGGAGGGCUGCCACAGUGCUGCUGAGCUAAUCAAAGAGGUCACCACAGCCUGUAGCUGGAAUGGAAAGGAUUGCACUCUGGGCGUGCACAUCGAUGAAGGCUUCACGUUAUUCACAGAGGAGAUGGGCGUCAGGAAAAGUGUUCUUCUCCACCAGCCCUUCGAGCGGCUCAAGAUGUCCUCAGACGACGGUGUUCGCAUGAUGUUCCUUGACUUUGACGGCCUCGAGACUGAAAUACAACUGGACCUCCACUGUUGCCCGAAGACCAUAGUCUUCAUCAUCCACUCGUUCCUCUCUGCAAAGGUCAAGCGACUUGGCCUCCUGGCAUGAAUGUUCCUGAAUGUUUCUGAGCAGCAACAAUAGGGUUAUUGAGUGAAUCACAGCCCAGAACACUGAAAGACCCCAGAGGAUUGUGCCUAGGAGAAGAUGUUUCACAUUUCCUAGGCCUCUAAAGCGAUCACGGUCUCUAGUCAGGCAUCUCCUCGUCUUUUUUUUUUUUUUAUCAUUGGAAAAGGAAAAGUGCAGCAGUGAUGGACCUUUUUGUUGAACGUUUAGUCAUGAGGUAAAGAGAGGUUCUUACUGGUGGCGUACGUCAGCAGCCAUGUAAGGGGACGUGACUUCUGUCAAGUCUGCCGGGUUCGCUCGCCAAACACUUUGUUACGGGAAAAAACUGUGACAGCUCGCAUCUUAAAGUUUCUCGGCUUGAAGACUCAUUCAUUUGUUGUUCGCCCCCAUUGUUAAGAUUUGUUUUGUUGGAUGAGUCACAGCAGGGCUUUGUCAUGAUCACGCUUUCAUCGUCAGUCUUUGCUUCAUGUGCCGUGAGCAGUCACACAAAUGUUUCUCGUCCUGAUUGAUGUUGGACAAAAUAGUGUUUUUAAUGAAGGCAGCUUCAGCGGAGUGACAGGACGACAUGACUGAUCACUGCAUAAUAGCGAGACAAUAGGUAAUGAUAUGCUGUUUAUGUGGAUACCUAAUUUGCCUUUACCCUGAAUGUUCAUGGAAGAAGCAACGUGUUGUUGUUUUUGUGGCGACAACUUUAAAUGGAACAUCAGAUACUGUAUACGUUUCAUUGCAGCUGAAAACCCUUGUUUAUUUAUUCCUAGGUUACUACCCUUCUCCUCUUUUCAGCAUGCUAAUAAUCCAUAGUCUAGACAGAAGACUAACAAGAGGAUGUUAGGAUAUUAUUAAUAGUUCAUUUUAUUGCAUCUUAGCUUCACCAAUUCAUGAGUUUAAAAAAGGAAUGAUCCUAACUACACAUGUCCUUUGACAGUGUGAAAAAGCCCUUGUGUGUGUUUUUCUUUGGCGUUCUGUCAACAAUCGUAUGAUCAUUUAUGAAUGAUGAAACGUUGGCUGUAAGAACGGACGUCCAGCUGAGCUUCUUCCUUGUGGAAUAGCUGUCACGUUAAAUAUUGAGUUAAGCUUUUGGUUUAAAAAUACUUGCGCUUUUGUUUUUAGAACGCUGAUGGAUUAUGGCCAACAUUUACAUCCAUUAAUUUAAAUACCUUAUGAAAGAUGUUAAAUUGUUAAUGUGUUUUAAAGUGUGUGUGAUUAUUCUUUUCCUUUUAUUAUUUCAGUGGAAUAUCCACAUUUUGGGGCCUUCACUCUCUCUCUCCUCUGUUUCUGUCCAACACUAAACAGACUUUUAUUAAUAUAUAUUUCAAAACUAAAACAAAUGUUUGCUUUAAAGAAUAAGAUGCGUUGUAUAUUCUUAUUUAAACAAAGGUGUGCCUUGCAGGGUUGUUUGUAUAUAAACAUGUAAUAAACUUUAUUAACUUUUA